AUGGAAACCCUCAACCCCUCCGACCUCGUGGCCCGCCUCGCCAGCGACGAAGAUGCCGUCCGCAAAAUGGCCGCCUUCAAACUCCAGGGCAGCAUCGGCGACCCCUCGUUCGCCGACAUCUUCAUCGCGGAAGGCGGGCUGAGUAAACUGAGGUAUUUGAUUUUGACGACGACGGGGAAUACGUUGGCAUACAGCCUUACGAGCUUUGCACGGUUGUUGGAGGUUGAUAAAGGCUGGGAGUUUGUGGAUGAGGAGGUUGUUGAGAGGAUAGUUCAUUUGAUCGUGACGCAUCCGCUCGUCAAUAUCCUCCGUGGAGCAAUGGCCAUGCUCGUCUCGAUUGUGUCGCAUCCUCACAUUCCUCGAUCCGAGUCCGAACAAUCACCACCCGAAGAAAAAGAGGUUUAUGGCUUCCGAGCCCUCAAACCCGCCAUUGACAAACAUCCACAAUUUCUCGAGAUGCUAGUCAGCAGAUUAUCAUCCGCCGAUCAUGCGCUAUGCGCUAAUGCAUUACAGCUGAUCAAUUCAUUAAUGCGCGACUCCAUCACCAACGACGAAGAGUCGGAGUGGCCGAAAUUCAUCAAAAGAUUACAGGAUUUAGGGGUCAUUCGGGCAGUAUAUAUCCUGAUGCAAGGGAGUGCGUUGCAGGAUCAUGCGCAUCCUUUAAUUGAGUUUCAGUCUUUGACGAAAUUGUUGUUGAGGAAGUGGAAGAAUGUGCCUGUGGAUUUGGAAAAGCCGGAUCAUAGACGCGCGCUGAAGGGGAUUCAUUUGGCCAGCAACCCAGCAAAGAAGGAAUCAGGUGGUAGUAGUGCUGGUGGUUCGUCCGAGAAUAGUGCUACUGCGGGUGAGAACGAUAUCAAGAAAUCACGCAAACAUAACCCGGAGAAAUGGCGACGACUUGGGUUUCAGAGUGAAAGCCCCGCUGCGGAGUUUCAUGAAAUGGGAUUUUUGGGCAUGAUGGACUUGACGGACUACGUACGGAAACACCAAGAUGAUUUUCAGAAAAUGUUGUUGGAACAAUCUGCGAAACCGGCUGAACAGCGAUGUCCUAUUGCCAGGGCGUCGUUGGCGGUUACAUCUGUGCUAUAUGAGCAUUUCGAGGUGGAAAAGUCAGCCACGGAUGAUGCAAAGAGUUAUCUAGUGCUGGAGUCACGGUCGAAUUUCGACAAGGUCUUUAAGCCGUUAUUACUGCAUUGGUCACGUAUCCAUGUUGCGUCUUUGCAGGCUUUCUUUCGUCUGUGGAAAGCGACCAGUGCCGAAGUUGCCGAUUUCGACAAGAUUGUGGAAUUAGUGCGCAUCCUGGUAGAAUCUGUUGUCGGCGGCGCACCACGCACAAAGGAUGUGCAGGACGUUGAAGAGGAGCUAGAUGACUUUGAAUAUCAGCGCCUACGUGAAUUGCAAAUGGAAUUGCUUGAACUGACAUACGAAGAUGCCUGGGGCCAGCAUUUGAGACAAGUCCGGGAUGAAUUGCAGCAUGAAGCAUUACAAUUCGUAAAAGAGCAGAGAAUCCGAUGUCUUUUACAGGGAGCUUGGUUUCCGAAUGAGCCUGUCUCGUCGCCGAGGCCAGAGGACUCAAGCCCUAUCAAAACCGCGGACUCGAAGAAUAAGCAGUCACAAGGGUACAAAUACGUGCAAUUGUCGCAUAAUAGGAGAUAUUUGCAUUUUAGUGAUUUUGACGCCAUCAAAGAGACGGCGCCUGCAUUGGAUAGUCUGUCUAACAAGAUCGACCUAUCUAUCGUCUCUUCGGUUGUUUCAAACGUCUCAGCUUCAUCAGAUGACUCUUCCGGAUCAACCAUCAAGACAACUCCUGGCAACGGCAACUCUUCAUCUCUCCACCCUCCACCGGGCACAUCCUCAUCCUCAGCGACAACGACAUCAUCCACCAAAAUUACUAUCCAUGGCUACGCACCCACAAUCGCCUCAUCAUCUGGCCCCAAAUCACUGGCAACCACCAACAAAGAAUCCGGCCACACAAGGACCGGCAGCAAAACAACACAACGCGAAAUCCCGCUCUUGACACUCCGUCCGCAAAAUCACAGUAUCGCCUCGGAAUGGUUAGACGGGUUGCUCAUGCUCCUGAACCAACAACCCAUCACAUCUGAGACAAACAAACUUGUGAAUCUGAUCAGCAAUUAUGGCCUCAAAAUCAGAUUGUUGAACGUGAGGUUCGAUGAUGCGGCAUUUGUGGGAGAGACACCCAAGAUCCCGAGUAGGGAGGGACUAGAUGAGGAUUAUUAUUAUGAUGUCUUUGGGGGUGUUUAA